AUGGUUAAUGAUUAUAUAGUUGGAAAGAAGUACUAUUUGUUAUCCUUAUCUAACGAAUGUACCAAUGUGAAAGAAUCAGUUGAAUUGGAGUGUAAGUAUAAACUCAUGAUCGCACCGCCUCGUCAAUCUACUGUUGUGAUAGGAUCCAUUAAUGGUCUGGUGUGCUUGUAUGACCAAGUUUCUUGCUUUUAUCUAUGGAAUCCUGCAACUCAUCAACGUCGCAAGGUUGAUAAUCCUUUUUAUCAGUAUCCUAUACGUGAUUAUAUUAAGGGUGUCGGAUUUGGUUAUAUAUCUUCCAUGGAUGAUUAUAGGAUAGGGUGCAUUAGUUGUUCAUAUGAUGAGGAAGUGUAUCAUGUUGAUGUUUUUUCCUUGAAUGCUGGAAAAUGGAAAAGAACAGCGACUUUAGAUGAGGAUUAUUAUUUCUCAAUGGCUAGGACAAAUAUAUCAGUGUUAGUUAAUGAUACUAUAUACUGGCCUCCACACCUUCUAGAUGGUUUGCAAGGUAAGGAAAGCCACAUUGUUGGGUUGAAUUUAGUUAGUGGGCAAUUGAAGAAGAUUCAAUUGAAUGAUUUGGUGAUUGGUUACAACAACGUUGACGUAUUUCAGAUGGAAGGAGGUUUAUCUUUGGGUGGGAUUAGCUAUUUGAACGGUUAUCAUAUUUGUGAUGUUUGGAUGUUGAAGCAACAUGAUAAUUGCACUUCUUGGGAGAAAAUUUUUUCUCUCAACAUUGGGAAAGACACAAGGUUGAUGUAUCUCUUUGAGACGGGGAAGUGUUUCGUGGGAGAUUAUUAUGAGAAACUUAAGCUACUUGACCCUAGUAAAGGUGAACAAAAUUCUGUUAUUUGCCAAGGAUCUAAAGAAGGUACUCUCACUUCUAUCACUGAUGUAUGGGGUUAUGUUGAGAGUUUGAUUUCGCCUUUUGGGAGAACCAAGCAUGAUGAGGAUGAAGAUUAUUAUUAG